AAAAAAUAAUUGUAUUAAAUUCUCUACAUAUCUUUAAAUCACUACAGAUGCGCAUUAUCAAGAUAAUAGUGAAAAGAGUUUGUGGAAAUGCGUUGAUAUAGAUGACAAUAAGGUGUGGUGAUAUUAUUACUUAGUAUAUCCAUAAUUGUAAAACAAAUUAUAGAACGAAAAAAAGAAUUGUGCAUUACAAUAUUUUUUAAAGAUUAAGUAAACGUCCCAAAUAGUAUUAAAAAGUUAUUUAAAAAGCUAUAAAUCCUAAAACAAUUAAUUUAAUCACGUGAAUGGAUCGGUUAAAUGAUUGAAAAUUCAUAAUAUUAGGAAAAUUACAAGUUUUUCAUCAAAUAUUUAAUAAGAAAAGGAAAAAAGUAUUGAAAAAUAAUAAAAAAAUUAUUGGAAAAAAAUGCCAACAAAUUCAGUAUAUCAGCCGACGACAGUCACAUUCGAGAACUCAAAUUCUCUCAUCGCACAGACAAGAAGCUCAUCACGAUUAAAAAUAAUAUUUCAUAAGACAUGGAUGAAAAUUUUACUGCUAAUUGGUGGUUUAUUAUUCUUAGCAGUUGGAUUAGUCAUCUUUUGUUUGGGAACUAUCGAUUACGAAGAUUCAAUGACUAAUGAUGGUGGUGAUAUGUCAUCAGAGUUUCCACGUGAAAAAGAGUUUGACAUUACACUCAUCAUAUUGGGGGUCUUUUUUGCAUCCUUAGGAUUUGUUUUAUUGGGCAUAUACAUAAAACUGAUUGAACAUUGGAGGAGAAAUUGCAUAAUGAUAUGUCCAUGUUCUGAUCGACGAAAGCAUCGACUCGUACGUCAACUGCAAGGCCAUAAUGGCACACAAAACAUUAUGGCAUUAAAUCCGUCUACAGAUCCUUUGGUAUCACAUACACAAUAUGAAGUUUCCGUCUCAGAUGUUCCACGUUUUGAGGAUGAAGAAGAACGUAAAAAAUUAAUGCACGAUAAAGAUUGCAGUAUUAUGGCUGAGGAAAGUCAAUUAUUAGCCGAUUCCGAUCCAAGAAUUAUUUUGAAGCCAUCUACACAAGAAUAAAAAAUUUAAAAUUUAAAUUAUGAACAAAAUUAACUCAUUGAGAAAAAGAGAGAGAGACACACACACGCAUAGUAAGAUAAUAAUCUCAAUCAUAAUCUCGAAUAAGAAGAAAAAAAAACUCUGCUAUUUAACUACAAACAGUCCAAUAACAGAAGUUAUGCAUUCCAAUUUCACUAUUUUACGAAAAUAGUAUUGCGUACAUGCAUUUACAUGCUUAAUUUUUAACACGUAUUUAAUUUAAAUUUGACAAAUAGGAAUAAUACUUAUUAUGACAAAUCUAGCUACUUCUUUGUCGAGAGUUCAUAAGUGACGUCAUCGUGGCAUUACUCCUUUGUCAUAGACCCCUCUCCUCUCGUAAAAAUGAUUAUCAUUUAUGAACGACUCUUCUUACUUUCUUGAGAUUUUUGUUGCAUAUCACGAAUUGA